AUGGAUCGUGCUCAAUCGGGUUUUUUCAAAAUAGGGACCGUGCUCAAUCGUGUUUCACCGCCAGGAGCAGUACCAUCGACACAGGGGCGGAUAGGCUCACCGGAAUACCGGGAAAAUCCCGAUAGAGACAUUCCUUUUACAUCAAAUAGAGCAUUCUAUCGUUAUGAUGGUAGUAAACGAAUUUGGUUAACUUAUAGUUCCAAACAUUCAGCUUUAAUUUGUAGUAUAUGUCUAGCGUUUGGAACUGUGUGUGACAAAAAUACAUUUACAGUAGGCGUUAAUGAUUGGCGACAUAUUACCAACGUAUUGAAGAGCAUGAAAAAAACAGUAGACACAAUUAAUGAGUUAGUGGCAUUAUGUGAAACACGCUGGGUUUACAAGUAUGAAAGUGUCUUGCGGUUCAAAGAAUUAUAUCCAGCCAUUAUUGUUGCAUUAGAAAAAUUAGAAUCUUUAAUAAAUAAAGAAACAGCUCAAAAGUCUUGUCAGUUAUUAAGUUCAAUUAAAGACGCUAAAUUUGUUAUACCUCUCAUAAUAAUUGAAAAUAUUUUUUCCUAUACGUUAACAUUGUGUAAACAGUUACAGACAAUAAAUGCUGAUUUGGUCGAAGCAUGUAAUCAUGUAGAUGACGUGUUGGCAAUUUUGGACGAAAUGAGAGAAAAUAACAAUAAACAUUUUUCAGACAUGUUUUCCGUUGCUGCAAUAAUGAUGAAUAAAAAUAAAGAAGAAAUAGAUUUUCCUCGUUUCGCUAAUAGACAAACACAGCGUAAUAAUGUGCCCACUAAUAACUCUGAAGAGUAUUACAAACUUAACAUUUUUUUGCCAUUUCUUGACCAUAUAAGAAUACAGCUUUCUGAUAGAUUUCAAAAACACAAAUUUUUAAUAAAAUCAUUACAACAAAUUAUUCCAAGUAAAUGUAUACAUUCCACUAGUGAAGAAAUGAAUGACUGUGUACAGUUUUAUUUCCGGAUAUUGACAGAACCUACUGUUUUCAAAGCUGAAUUUUCAAUAUGGAAAUCAAAGUGGCUUAAAGAAGAGUCACGCCCUAAUACAGCGAUUGAAGGGCUUGACAAUUGUAACAUACUUUUGUUUCCAAACAUAUGGAAACUAUUACAAGUCUUAGCCACUAUACCUAUGUCAACAGCGACACCAGAAAGAACAUUUUCUUCUUUAAAAAGAUUGAAAACGUAUCUUAGGAACUCGACUGGUGAAACUCGUCUCAACGGAUUAGCGUUAAUGUCAAUACACAGGGAAAUAAAUGUUGAUCCAGAAGAGCAAGAAUUGCAGGAUUUUGCUUUAAAAUGGGAAACAUUGAGUCAAAGUUUGACAGAAGAGUAUUACAAUACCAAAUCAAAUAAUAGCUCCGAUAAAGAAGAUUAUGAAAACAAUGAUUUGAUAGAUGAAACAAUAUUAGAUAAUAUACCACAAGAAAGUUCUUGUUUAAGCCAAGUGUCAUGUGAACGUAGUUUUUCUAAAUUAAAACAUGUGAAAACAUCAAUUCGUAGUACUUUAAGUCAGCAGAACCUUGAAACACUCAUGUUAAUGAGUGUAGAAAAAGACAUUUUAAUGGAUCUCGAUAAUAAUGAUAUAAUAAACAAAAUUUCAACCAAAAGUGAUCUCCUCAAAAAAGUGCUUCAGUAUUGA